CUGAAAUUUGAUCGCGUAUUCAACAAGCUAAUUGCCCAAACGCGAGGAGCCGGACCGUUCGCAGUGGAUGAUAUGGCCCAUGGCCUGAAUUCUUCGCUGAUUCCCAGAUGAUGCCAACAGCAGGUGGCUUUUUCUUUCAAGUGACAGAGAUGGACGUCAAAGCAGCUCCACCGACCACGGAAGCUUUGGGCCGCAUCAACUCCAACAUGAAGAGCCUGGAGCAUGAGUUGCACUGUCCCGUGUGUAAGGACAUCGUGAAGCAGCCCGUGGUCCUGCCCUGCCAGCACAGCGUCUGCCUCAUGUGUGCCUCUGAGGUCCUGGUGGCAAAUGGAUACCCCCCUCCAGACCUGCCCCCAGAGCCCAACUCACCAGCAUCUACCCCCAACACACGCUCUCCACGGGGGGCACGCAGACCCACGCCCAAGGCCGACCAGAGGCCCAUAGACCGGGUGCUACGCUCAGGUCCGCACCCGCCCUCUCCGUCCCUGCAGCGCUCUCCUUAUGGUGGGAGGAGGCGUAAAGAUGGACCCCCUCUCAUCAUGAUGUUCCCCUGUGGGACCUGUCGCAGAGACGUGGAGCUGGGGGAGAGGGGCCUGGCCGAAUGUCUCCGAAACCUCACCCUGGAGAGGAUAGUGGAGAGAUAUCGUCACACUGUGAGUCUGGGCAAUGUGGCCGUCAUGUGUCAGUUUUGUAAACCUCCUCACGCGCUGGAAGCCACAAAGGGCUGUGCUGACUGCAAAGCAAACUUCUGUAACGAGUGUUUUAAGCUGUACCACCCCUGGGGCACCCCGCGGGCACAGCACGAGCACAUCCUGCCCACACUCAACUUCAGACCAAAGGUUUUGACGUGUCCGGAGCACGAUCAGGAGAAGCUGCAGUUUUAUUGUAGGACGUGUCAGCGUCUCCUGUGUUCACUCUGUAAACUGCGGAGAGUUCAUGGAGGACACAAAAUACUCCCAGUGGCCCAGGCCUAUCAGGCGCUCAAGGAGAAGAUUACAAAGGAGAUGAACUACAUUUUGUCCAACCAGGACACCGUACUGUCUCAGAUUACACAGCUGGAGAGCGCCAUCACCCAGACGGAGGUGAACAGUGUAUCAGCCCGGGAGCAGCUGGCUCAGAGCAUUCGUGACCUGACGGCCGCCCUGGCGGAGCGUCACUCAUCCCUGACCCAGGCGCUGGAGGGGGCGAGGCAGAGGCGAGGGGAGGCGUUGGCGGGGCAGGUCUCGGAGAGGCGGAGCCUGAUGGAGCACGCCGGACUCAUGGCGUUCACCCAGGAGCUGCUUAAGGAGACUGACCAGCCCUGCUUCGUCCAGGCAGCGCGCCAAACUCACAACAGGUUGAGUAAAGCUAUCGAGAAUCUGCAGCAUUUCACGUUGGCGGCGGAUCCUUCGUUCAGGCACUUUCAGCUGGAUGUGUCUAAAGAACUCAAACUCCUCACGGACCUGAACUUCAUCCAAGCUCCUCAGGCCCCGGUUAUCGACACCCAGCGCUCUCUAGCCUACGACCAGCUGUACCUCUGCUGGCGUCUGCCCCCAGAGUCUGCCCCGGCCUGGCACUUCUCGGUGGAGUAUCGGCGCCGUGGGGUGGUCCCAGGAGGAGGGGCGCGCGGGGGCAUGAGGGGGGGUCUGUCUGCUGCCCGCUGGGGUUGGCAGAGGAUGGAUGAGGUGACCGGGGGCAGCGCUGUGAUCGACCGUCUGGAGAUGGACAGUGUGUAUGUGCUGAGAGUCCGAGGAUGUAACAAAGCGGGUUAUGGAGACUACAGCGAAGAGGUGUACCUGCAUACUCCUCCCGCUCCAGCUUUGUUCAUGUCAUCCACUGAGCUCCACUCUGCUGCCUUCCUCUGAACGUAAGAAGACCACCCACUCACCCACCCAUUCCUCUAACCGCCUUUGUCAAACUCUGCACAAUGAAUCAGACUAGUAGAUAUAAUAAUAACUACUCUGAUUUCAUUAAUAUGUUUGUUUUGUGUAUAAUAAUUGAUUCAAAGUUAGAUUUUCAAGAUCUAAUGUAAUGCUAUAGAAUCUCAAAGUACAAUAGAUAUUUUAAUUCUCUAAAUGUGCCAGGGUUAAGGUAACAUUAACCCUGCUGCGGCCCUAGACAUGACAUUUUAGUUUAAUAAAUAUUUCAAAAUACAUUAUUAUCACAGCUGCAGAGUCUGUUGAUAUAGUGUGUUGAUACUGAAUCAGGAUUACUUGUAUUCAUCCUCAAGGGGAUUUUUAAAUUUUUUUUAUUACAGAUAUGCAGCUGACCAGCCAAAUAAUUAAGCUGAUGAAGUGAAGACAAAGAAUAAUAGAAUAAACUUACAUUUUAAUGCACUAUUUUCACCAUAUGGCUGGACCUGGACUAAAUCUUCAUUAUACAGAUAUAAUAUAUAAUUUAAAUACUAUAGAAAAUAGAUACAUUUGCCUGAGGAGGGACUUGCAAGUUGUGACUUGGACUUGGACUUGGAGUCAAACUUGAGUCACUAUUUUUAGGGCUUGAGACUUGAUAAAAUGGACUAAGACUCGGGACUCAGCUUGGACUUGAAGGUCAGUGACUUGAGACUUGACUCGGCCUGGAACCUUGUGACUUGAGAUGGCUUGAUGCUUAGACUAGCUAACAAAAUAACUGUUAUUAAACACUUUUAAAUCUUGACUCUUUCUGUUGUGACCAUAAAGAUUUGCACUCUUGUCAAGACAUUUAAAAAGGAAAAAAUUAUCAUUUCUGAAAAUCUAUAUAAACACUCAUGUGCUGUAACUUUAAAGAACAAAUUAUUUUUUAAAUUGUAUAAAUUGCAAAAAUCUAAGCUAUACUUGUUACUUUGGUUAAAGACUUGAAAUGACUUGAAGCUCAAAGCAGACAACUUGGACUUGACUUGGACUUAUGGGCCAGUGACUCAGGACUUGACUUGGACUUGCCUGUAUUUGACUUGGUACUUGACUCGGACUUGAGGUCAAAGACUUAAGACUUACUUGAGACUCCCAAAACAAUGACUUGGUCCCAGCUCUGGUAGGAGUACUAUGAGUGAGACAAAAAUUACCAGCAUUUCAGUAUUCCCAGUUCCUAGUUAUUAUUAUUUUUUAUUUUAUAUUUGUUUGCAAAUCAUAAUGUUGAAAAAGAAGAUUUUAGUUUCAAAUCAGACUUGCAAGUAAUAAUAACCAUAAUGUGCAUUAUACAGAAAUGCAUUCAGAGUUAUAAGAUGGUUCAUUCAGACUCCAGUGGCCUUACAGACUCACAUACUGUAAUCUGUGAGUCUACUAUACUGUACUUCAGGCUGUAAAUGCGUGCUUCCUAUAGGCAUACACAAGCUGCUUUUAAAUAACCCAAUUUAAUUUUAUUGCUACACAAAAUGAGAUGUUUUGACCCGAGGGCCUUGAGUUUGACAUUUAACCCAAACCAUCCAUCAGGCCUACUUCCCACACAGCUCUUUUUGUUGUUGUGUAUCCUCAUUACACCCUGUUAGAACCUUCUCUUCUCCCGUACCUGCCCCAAAGCUGCUGAGGUCUGCAUUUUGUUAAGACGAGGCUCUUAACCACAUGGAUCUCAGUUCAAAUCCGUGGUCCCAUAGCGUUCAGUGGUUUUAGUGAUGAAGUGAUUGGUGGUGUCCCCCGUAGGCUGGUUCUCUCCCCUCUGCUAUUGCUCAUAUAUCCUCUGUUAAUUGUAUUUGUUCUAUAAUCCCAACUGUAAGGCCUUUUUCAAUAUGUGCUUUUUCUCCCUGAGUCAUCGUGUGGUGGUGGGAGGGGCGCAUGCCUACUCCAACUCUCUCUCCCGUAAAUGUCGAUUCCUCCCACUGCUGCUACUGUCUGAUUUCUUUGUGUUGCCAGUGGUACAAAUACAUCUGUUUUAUUGUUCUGAACAGUUACGAAGUGACAAGUAAAAGGGUUUAAUUGUCAGAUGAGAUAGGAAAUAUAUUCGCUUUAUGUUAGUAUCAAAAUUGUUCUGUAGGUAUGUCAGUAUAGUAUAGUACAAUUUAUGAUCUAUGAUAGAAAAAUGUGAACAAAAAUGAACUGAAAGAAUAAACUUGCAGUGUAAUCUUCCCAAAAUUAUAUAAUAUAAAGUGAUAUUUAAAAACUUUUACCAGGCAAACACACAUACUAUAUAAAGAAGUGGACUAAAUGAGUGUGACGUCAUCCAUAAAGUUCGGCUCCAGUCAAAGGAUUCAAGAUGCUAGGGCUGCGAGAUUAUGGAAAAAAUCAUUAUCACGAUUAUUUUGGUCAAUAUUGAAACCACGAUUAUUCAAACAACAUGAAAUAAGGCAUAGAAAAACAUAAAUGUAUCCAAAAUGAACUAUAUAUCCAACUGUUCUACAAUCUCUGUAUUAAAAAAAAUAUAUAUUUACUUAUUUAUAUUAAAAAUGUCCCAAAAUAAACUUUGUUAAGCUUAUCAUUUCAACUCGAUUAUAUGAGUUUAGAGAUCGUUUGACACACAAAUCAAAAUCGCGAUCAAAAUUCGAUCAGUUGCACAGCCUUACACGAUGCUAACGGUUAUAGGAGCAAAUUUGAAGCCAUGUUUCAUAUUAGGAAGGGGAGUUUAUUAAUGUACAAAAUGGCAAAAUAAAAACACCAGGAUCAUGAAGAGCGGGUUAAUACAAACAUUUUAAGGCAAAGCUCACUGCAGCAGUUACAGAGAAAGGGGUGACAAUUUCUUAAUGUUAAGUCAACUGGAAACAGAUUUUUAGCAGAUUUUGAAUGUAUUCAAACAAAUAGGAUGUGAUCAUUAUUACUGGGACAAUUGAAAAAACUUGCAAAAUAAAUUUUCAUCAAUAUCGCCAAUGUUAAAUUUCCAGCAACACAAGGAAAUCAAACCCUUCCUUCUUUGUAUAUAGCCCUGUUGUGUUCUUAACUGUCUUUCCUACCUCCUUACUUCCUUGUCUUCUUCCUUGUCUCCCCUGUC